CAUGUCAUAUCAUAUCGCCACGCUUUACCGCGUGUUCGUUUUGCAUCGUUUCGUCUGCAUUUCGUAAUUAAUGAAAUUCGUUCUAUCAACGAGACGACAAUCGAUGCCGUUCACUUAUCCUUGUGAUAAUGAAAAACUGACAACAUUCAUGCGGUCAGCAAAGUAAUAUUUAUACUACCACAAACUUUUGAUAACAAUAACAAAUCUAACCUUUACGAAUUGAUCUCUGCGAAUUUGCAGUCACUUCGAUGUUGAAUGCCGUUACCACGAAUUCUUCUCACGAUCGCGCACGGAACAAUGAUCAUCCUGCAAAGACUAUGUCCAGAGAAUUUGAAGCUGUUUUGGUGAGGACAAACGUAUAAGCGGAGCGGAGGAAGGAUGCCAAGCUGCACGAGUUUGAUCAGAUUACUUAGACGACGUCUCGUUCUUGGGCUCAUCUUCGCUCUGUCAUUGACGUAUUGUGCCUUUUCGUUACUCCGCAAUGAAAAGAAAGGGCUAUCAAAUGCAGACAACAAUUUCGAUAUGGAUCCUAUGAUGAUUAAUGAUAACAAUGAAGACAUGAUACCUGAUGAUAACCUGCUCGAAGAGCUAAGAGCAUCCGAAAAGUCUCCACUGUGGCAGAUAGAGAUACUGGAUCAAGCAGCUAAUAACGCAGGAAAUAUAGAUGCAUCUAAUUUAAAUGAAAGCAACGCUUAUAAUCAGUCUUGUCGUAAUUCCAUUCAAGGAAGAGGCUUGAUAGUUGAUGAUCAUGGUGUAGUAUGUUCGAGACAUGAAGUGCAGUCGAAUGGAUGUUGUGCAAUAGAGCAGAAGCAGUCUUCAAAAAAUGAAGAAUCGUUUUUGACUAGGAGAGAAAGGUAUAGUUGCAAAACGUGCAAUUCUCAAGGGUGCUGUACUAUUUAUGAGUAUUGCGUUUCCUGUUGCUUACACCCUGACAAGCAAAUAAGAGGUCGGAAGGACUUAUCAUCAGGCUCUGCGAAAGUACAAAAAAACAUAGGGAGAACAGCUGUUCACUUCCAGAUUUGUCUGGCCACUUGUCGCACUUCAAGUUCCAGCGUGCGACGCGACAACACUUACAAGGAUCCCCUUGCAAAGCAUUGUUAUAUCCCGCAACGAUAUCGGCGUAAUAUUAACUCAUUAAAUAAUAACGGCAACAGUUCCGCCGUUGUCAUUACUUCUUCUUCUGUGGUGAUGUUACUCUCUUCCUCUUCCGAAUCUUAUUCCUAUUUAUUUAAUCCUACAUUAUCUGCGGUUUUAUGCUAACGUUAUCUAAUUAUUAUCUCAUGGUAAAAUAAUAGCCUUGUAGAAAACGAAUGCCUCUAAAUGAAUAUAAUACAGUUAAACGUUUUC